CGUAUAAUCGCUCCCUGCAGGAAUUAGAUGUGGAGUUAACGUUACAGGUGGAGCAGAGAGCGUCGAGCACCGGAUCCGAGACCAGAAAAACAACAGGAGUCUCAACAGUUACUAAUGUAGAUCCUGCCAACUCCCGAGGUGGGCACCAUCAAGAUGAUCUCCUGCAGCAUCCCUCACCAGUAGCCGGGCAGCAUGGCUUCUGCUCCUCCUUCCAGAGAGGACACCAGUGGCUCAUUAGCACUGCGCUGGAGGCUAACGCCAACAUAGAUACUCACUACGAUUUCAAACUGAACUGCAGCAGGCUGCGCUGCACUGGUUAAAUGUAUCAACUGCCUUUAGAGGGUCUCUGAAAUCAAAAAUGACUUGUGGCAGAGCGGCACAUGUUCAGGACUGUGACAUCACCACAGUGUAACGGCAACGUUUGAACUGAGACCUUGGACCAUGUUCUGUCUCUGAUUGGGUACUUUGGUGGCAGAGCUGGACUGUGCAGCUCUUCCACACUUAGACAAACCUGGACUCUGAGCCAUGUCUCUUCUCUCAGCCCUGAGCAUCGUCUGUGGAUUGAUGCUCCAUGCUUCAUUUAGUGCACUGAACACUCACUACUGUGUCCCACGAAAGACUGUCCCCUACCAGAACGAGCUGAAGUUGUUCAGAGAAGAAGGUGUCUUCAACUACUCCACUAUGCUAAUGCGAGAUGACCUGGGUGUGAUGUUGCUGGGGGCCAGAGAGGCCAUAUAUGCUGUGGACAUUAACAACAUCUCUGUCAGAAAGGCUGCGGUGUAUUGGCGAGUUACUGAGGAGAAGCAGAGGGAGUGCACGUACAAAGGAAAACAUGCUGAGGUGGAAUGCCGCAACUACAUUCGGACCCUGCACAGAGUGAAUGCCACCACAAUGUAUGUGUGUGGCACAAAUGCCUUUAGCCCCACCUGUGACUAUAUGACGUUUGCUAAUGGACAGCUGAGGCUGGAGGGAAAGCAGGAGGAGGGAAAGGGGAAGUGUCCUUUUGAUCCCUUUCAGAGAUACUCCUCCCUCAUGGUCGGAAAUGACCUGUAUUCUGCUACAUCCAUCAACUUUUUGGGCUCUGAGCCCGUGGUUCUGCGCAGCUCAGACUUGGCUCUCCGCACUGAGUUUAAAAGCUCCUGGCUCAGUGAGCCAAACUUUGUCUACAUGGACUAUGUGGGUGAGAGUUUUGAUAGUCCCGACGGUGAUGACGAUAAGGUAUACUUGUUCUUCAGUGAGAAUGCCAUGGAGUACGACUUCUACAGCAAAGUUGCUGUGUCUCGAGUGGCCCGUGUCUGCAAGGGGGAUAUGGGCGGCCAGCGGACACUGCAGAGGAAAUGGACGUCGUUCCUGAAAGCUCGUCUGGAUUGUUCCCUCCCUGAACCCAGCCUGCCCACCAUUGUCCAGGAUGUCUUCCUGCUGAAGCACGAGGACUGGAGGAAGAGCGUCUUCUACGCUGUCUUCACGCCUCAGUCAAGCUUGUCGCAGGCAUCUGCGGUAUGUGCAUACAGUGUGUCUGCCAUUCGAGAUAUUUUCAACGAGGGCAAGUUUAAGACACCUGUUGCUGUGGAGACAUCCCACGUCAAGUGGGUGAUGUACACCGGAGAGGUGCCGGUCCCCAGACCAGGAGCGUGCAUCAAUAAUGUCGUGCGUAAAAUGGGGAUGAAUCGCUCUCUGGACCUUCCUGACAAAACACUCCAGUUCAUCAGGGACCGCCCCCUUAUGGACGACGCUGUUCACCCUCUGAUGGGAGGGCCGCUGCUGGUCAAGAGGGGAGCUUUGCUGACUCGGAUAGUGGUGGACAGCGUGCUGGCGCUGGAUGGACAGAGAUAUGCCGUCAUGUUCAUCGGCACUGAAAAUGGUUACGUUCAGAAGGCUGUCAACUAUGCUGGAGAGAUGUUCAUCAUUGAGGAGAUUCAACUGUAUGAAAACCCUGUGCCUAUUAAGAUCCUGCGCCUCUCAUCAAGCAAGGGCCAACUGUAUGCAGGUUCAGAGUUUGGUGCUAUCCAGGUGCCGGUCAGUAACUGCAGCCGCUAUGACGCUUGUGUGGACUGCAUCUUGGCCAGGGAUCCUUACUGUGCCUGGGACUUCACCACCAAGCAGUGCUCCUCAGUCUACACCUUAUCAUCCUCCUCAAAGACUGUCACACAGAGUCUUAAGGAGGGAGACGUCUCACAGUGUCCUCAGCCAGAUCCAGUAGCAGCUGUGGACUUUACCCUAGUUCCAGAGAACAACAUCCAGCUGCCCUGCCAGCUCCACUCCAACUUGGCGCAGGUUCUGUGGCGAUUCUCUGAUCAAACACUUCACUCCAACAACAAAUACUACAUCUACAGUGGGGGCCUCCUCAUCCUGAGUGCCUCUGAAUCGGACGCUGGUCUGUACACGUGUGACUCCGUCGAGCAGAUCAGCGGCAGAACGUACAACCGGACUGUGGCGGUUUAUCAAUUAAAGCUCUACUCUGGGCAAGGAGCAGGGGGCAGCCCUACUCCUGGCAACGAGGUGAUAAAUUCCUCAGACUCUAUUCACAGUCUUAGUACAGCUGCACCAGGGCUGGUGACAAACCUGGUCAAUGAGGACCCAUUGUCCCCCGAGAAUCAAAGUGACACUGGCAGGGUGACUCGUUUAGAGGUGGCUGUGGCUCUGCUGUCGCUGCUUUGUCUCGCCCUCAUAGGAGUCAUAUUUUGGAACUGGAGUCGAGGACGUUGGAAAUGCCUGAAGUUUGCGCAGCGCUCCAAUGAAAGCGAGGGGAAAAGUCAGUCAGCCGAAUACAUGCACAUCCAGAACAGAACUUCAGAGAUAAAGCUCCUGGGGCCUGUGUCUGGAAGACUUUGCAGUGCCAAUAAUAAUCACUCUGCUGUUGACUUCAAAGGGAACGGGGAGCACCACUUCACACCUAUGGCUAACAUUUCAAGUCUGGACGGUCUGGGAUACAUAAAUGAUGAGUCAGAGAUUUGACUCUGCUGAGGCAUAGAAUUCAGUACAAGGCCAACGACGCUGCAGUCAUUAUCAUCCUAUAGGUGUACUACUGUAGAAAAGGUUUUCACAUUAUGAAUUCUUUUGAUUGGUGUUUUUUUUUCCUACACUUACCAUACAUAAAGCUGAAUUUUCACUCCAGUGAAUUGUUGAAUUUUUUUUUUUUUUUAUAAAUGUACUUUUUGUAUGAUAAAUUGUGAAUACACCUUGUGUAACAUAUUGUGUACAGUCAACACCUUUUUAAAAAAACAACUAUUUAUUUGUCACAAUGAAGUUUUUCUUUCAGCAAAUUCUACUUUACAGUCUUGUAAAAAGGGUCAACAACACUGAACAAGUAGAACACACUUGGAUUUCUACAUAGGCAGGCACAUUCAAUUUUAUUGACUGUUUAUUUAAGACAACAUUCAUCUGUCAGAGAACAUACUGUUCAGUCUGUGUUAAUGAUUAAUCAGCCUGUACAAAUUUUUUAUGUCCAGGUAGGCUAUGAAUUUACCUCUUCAUUUAACCAUUUAAUUGCCACUAGUAGGUGAUAUCGAGUGAACUCCAUACCUCUAUCUUCCAUAACAAAAUAAUAAAAAUGUUAUAUCAUCAUUGAGAUUGAACUAGCAUAUCAUUGGGAUGCAGAAGUGUAGGUGUACAUUUCUGUCAGUGAAUCAACUCUUUGUGUCAGAGGCACAGCAAAGACGAGAAGAAGUUUGGCUUUUGGUGUCAGACUUUGGAAAAUGCAGUUCUUGUUGAUAAUAAAAAAAAACUUUUUUGGGA